GGGGCAAGAAGUCUGUCUCAUUCCAUACACUUCAAUGUACCAUAUUUUGAAACCGAAUUCUUCUUAGCUUGCAUCUUCCUGUCCUGGAUGGUAUGGAUGGCAUAUUCGACUCGCCGCUAUCAAGUGUCCCAUCUUCGCCACCCAAACCCUCCACCUCCUACAAUCUCCGUAAUCGUCGUUCUCCUUUUGCCUCCCCUACGCGCCCCCCUGUUAAUACCCACAGGAUGUCCCGAACCCAAGUACACACCCGCUCUGGUCGUACAAGCAAGCCUGCGCCGCCCCUGUACCUCCCUACCAUCGUCGUCACCAAGAAUGCGCUUGGACCCUCAAAGCUGCAGAAGUCUUUCAAUCCACUUGAAGCGCUCCUUCGCGAGAAAAAGGCUGCAGAGAAGCGCGGAAACGGGAGUACCGCAUUCCUACGUGCUGAGGACGCUUUACGGGCCCACGUCUAUUCAGAUGCAGAUCUGCAAGAUGAUUUAAACUUAGCAGAUGAGGGUGCCGCGUGGCAGGCGAUUCAAGAACACGCUCAACGCAAGUCGAGUAGCCCCAUUCUUGAACCACUGGAAGAUGAUGUGUUUAUGGACAAAUGCGAGACCAAAAUUCUUGGCCGUGAGGUAGGGGAAAAGAUCGAAAAGAUCCUUGUCAGUGAUAAGAACUGUGAGAGCCAAAAGCCGAAGGAAAAAAUUGUGGAUGCGCCGUUCUGGCAGGAGAGUGCGGGUGAUGAUGAGAUGGUUGUUGAUGAAGAGUAUAAUGUGAACUUUGGGGAUGCCAGUAAUCAUCCCGUACUGGCACUUUUGCAGCACUUGAGUGGGAUCGGAGCCGCCGAUCAGCUGGCUUUGACUCUGUCUUCAGGAGUGCUCGGUGCUCUGGGUCCUGAGGAGAAAUCCCUUGUUAUUUCUCCUCUUUUUGCGCUGGCCAUCAGCCUUGCUGAGUCCUGCCUCUCUGGUGCAGCAUACAGUGCUCUGUAUAGUUUGUGGAGUGCAACACCCCACACAACCAAAUCUGCGCUCCGCUUCACCGACAUUGCUACUGCACUUGUGAACCUCGGUGCACGUCAACAUGUGGUAGAAGACCUCUGCUGGAUUAUUCGUAAGGAUGCACACCCGCUACGCAUCACCGCUGAAAAUCGCUCGCGUGUUUUGAGUAAGCUGGUAACGCUAGUGGGUAUUGCUGGUCGAACGGAAAAUUUUGUUGCAGAAGAUAUCCCGAACGUGCUAUUGAGCCUCGUGCUUAUUGGCCUCGACGGCAUCACUUCCAACGAACUGAGAGCCAGCUUACAUCUCGCCAUUGACAACAUUUGCCGGACCAUCAAUACGUCAACUCAUCUUUCCGUUCAUCAAAGACUUCUCAGUCAUGCGUCUACGCUUACACCAGCCAAUAAAGCCCAUUUUGUUUCGUUCUUUAGUAGCGGCAGUGGCCGCACUCGUCACAUCGCACAAUGGCUAGCAUAUGCGUUGUUCCUUCCAAGCAGCAGGCCCUCCGAUACACUCCCUCCACUCGAGCCGCUCAUCCUUCUGCUUUCGCCUGUACCUGGCUCUGAUGAGCUCUUCGAUGUGACAAGCGCAAACGCGGACUUCGAGGACCUCAUGCAUUACUUCGCUAUCAUCAGUGUCGCGCUCAUAAACAUCGAACCUUACGUUCAUGAAGAGAACUCAUCUUCUCAGUCACUUUCUCGCCAAUUAUCGAUAGACGACAGCCCCCGGAAGAGUCAGAAGCCUCUUGCUCCUCUCGAGCUACUUCUGCGGGUGUUAGAGGUCACGCAGGGGCGUAUUGUUGAUACACGCGCGGCACACCUAGAUCGCUCACGCACGAAGGCAGAGAUGCAUCGUCUCCAGAUGCGCGUGUAUUAUCAGCGCCAGGCGCUCAAACCCGCUGCAGCAUGGACAAAGAUGGCCACCAUCCAACAUUACUUCGGUCCCAAGUAGCUCCCCGAGUAUACCUAGGUCACGCAUUUGAGGCUUACUCUCUUCUCUUUGCUACUCGUUUCACGCAUACCUCACUUUCUACCGUGCGAUUUCAUGUGGAUGUUAACCUCCACUUCUUUGCUUCUGCACAAUGCCCCUUCCGACAUCAUCAUGUUUUAUGCUCAGACGAUACU